AUGCCGUGCACCUUACCCUCACAGAGUCAUGUCAAAGAUUGGAUUCGGUCAAAAAGUCAUUUGAACAAUGGAAGGCAGGUCUUACCACCACUACGAGCGCCUACAAUUGAUAUUCAUCCAAAUGCUCGAUGGGAACAGAGUGGUAUCACUGUUGCUGGAGGAAAUCGACAAGGCAAUGGAAGCAAUCAACUCUUCUACCCAUGGGGUUUGUAUGUUGAUGAUGAGCAAACAAUCUAUAUCGCUAAUUUCCGCAAUCAUCGUAUUGUCGAAUGGAAAUCGGGUGCGAAGAGUGGCAAAGUGGUUGCAGGUGGAAAUGGACAAGGAAGUGGAGCUCAUCAGUUGUAUUGUCCAACAGAUGUGAUUGUUGAUAAAGAGAGAGAUAGUCUCAUCAUUUCCGAUUAUGACAAUAGCAGAGUAGUUCGAUGGCCUCGUCGAAAUGGGACAAGUGGAGAAACAAUCAUCUCCAACGUCUAUUGUGUAGGUUUGACAAUGGACGAGAAUGGAUCUCUCUAUGUCGCUGACCAAGGAAAACAUGAAGUGAGACGAUAUCGAAGAGGAGAAUCUCAAGGAACCGUGGUUGCAGGUGGCAAUGGAUAUGGAAAUCGUCUAGAUCAACUCUCCGCCACACUUUACGUAUUCGUCGAUCGAGAUCAUUCAGUGUACGUGUCUGAUUGGUUAAAUCCUCGAGUGAUGAAAUGGGUGAAAGGUGCAAAACAAGGCAUUCUCGUGGCUGGUGGUCAAGGAGAAGGAAAUGGUCUUACACAAUUGCAGUGGUCUCAAGGAGUCGUUGUCGAUCAAUUGGGCACUGUCUAUGUGACUGAUCACUUGAAUAGUCGAAUCAUGCGUUGA